AUGAGUGCCUACCAGGCUCUUUACGCAUCGGAUGACGAGAAACUGGACGUCGGUGCAAGUCUGAUCAACCUCGCUCAAGGCUUGGUCCGGUUUGACUUUGACACGGAAUUCGUCUCGGUCCUCCUGAACAGCAAACAUGAUGGUGUUACUGUACUCGCCCGCAACUUUCGAUCCGAAAGGGCCAAGACCUAUCAUGCACAGUAUCUUGUGGGCGCUGAUGGUUCUUAUUCCGCCGUACGAAAAGCCCAGGCCCUAAAACACACGUACUAUUUUCUGUCGGACCACUAUUGGGGCAUCACCGCGCCGCUAGAUAAGCCGAUUGUCGAGCAACGCACGCUUUGA